AUGCUGCGCCAACAACAGCAGCAGCCCCACCCCAUGUUACAGCAGCAGCAGCAGCAGCAGCAGCAGCAGCAGCAGCAGCAGCAGCAGCAGCAGCAGCAGCAGCAGCAGCAGAUGCUAUUGCAGCAGAAGCAGCAGCAGCAGCAGCAGCAGAAGAAGCAGCAGAUGCUAUUGCAGCAGAAGCAGCAGCAGCAGCAACUGCAGCAACAGCAGCAGCAUCAGCCACAACAGCAGCAGCAGCAGCUCCAGCAGCAGCAGCCACAGCAGCAGCAGCAGCCGCAACAGCAGCAGCCACAGCAGCAGCUACUACUGCAGAAGCCGCAACAGCAACAGCAGCAGCCUCAAAAACACUCUCUCCCAGAAAACUCCCUGCCCAACCUAUGGCGGAGCAAGCGGAGGAAAACAGCUCGCAAGGAGGAGGAUGAGGACUUGGAGAAGGACGAUGGGAACACUUCAGACGCGUUUCCUUCCUCACAGCCGAAAGUGCUCGAGCCUCUGCAUUACAGGGCUCUCAGAUCGAUCCAUGAGUCGAUCCGACAGGUGGAGAUGCUUUUUGGAGUGAAGGCGCUGGUGUUGAAAGAGAGGAUGGAUGGGGGAGAGGCUGGGGAGAACGGGGGUGAAGCAGCGGGUGAGCAGAAGGAAGGGGGAGAGGGGGGAGCGGGGGGGGCGGAAGGUGGGGGCGAAACAGGAGAGGAGGAGGGGCAAGGAGAGGGGGGCGAUGGGGAUGUGAGUCCUGUAGCGAGAGGAGAGAACGUGGUGGCGAAAUGGGAGAAGGAGGAGAAGGAGGCAGAGACCCGUAGACGCAAGGCAGCAGCACAGCACGGGGACCUGCUGAAGAUGCAGCUACAGGAAUUGAUCUCCUGGUGGGAAAAAAAGGUUGACGGGCGUCUGGGUCCCCGCGAGCGUGACCCGUUUCAGGGAAAGCCGGAGGAGGAAAAGGUAGCGAAAGAAGAGCUGUUUGAUACGGUGCUAGCGGUGGUGAGGUUGCUGCCAGCGUUUCCUACGGAGUGCCAGGGGAGCCUGGGGAAGAUGUGUGAUGUUGGAGGGGAGGUGUGUGAGAGGACGGAUGUGGAUUUGUACUGGGUGGAACGGGUGGUGGCUUACAACCCUCCCGAGGUUCUCAAGAUGAUGCGCACAGAGAAGGGCAUCAAACAGCUGGAGGUGACGAUGCAAGAGAGGAAGGUGCGGGCGAGUGAGGAGGUGGUGGCGCAGAUGGUGAGCAACUCUGCAGCACAGCUGAGGGAGGGCGGCGUGGAGACCGAAGCCUUUGUGCUUAGCCUCAAGUGCCCUCUCUCUCUCGCCCGCAUCAAGGUGCCAGUGCGGGGCAAGAAGUGCUCCCACGAGAGCACCUUUGACCUCGCAUCGUACCUGCGCAUGAACCAGGGCCUGGCCAAGAACGUCAAGCGGGCAUGGCGCUGCCCUAUUUGCUACCAACAGCUUCUGUGGUCGGAGCUGUUCCUGGAUGGAUUCAUGCAAAAGAUUCUUGAUGAAACGAGUGAUGAGGUUGACGAGGUGGAGGUGUUUCCAGAUGGCAGGUGGAGAGUGGUGGAGAACAGUGAUGGGGAGGACGGAAGCUGUUCUGAGUCAGAUGAGGAGGAGAGGAUGAUAAUGAUUGCAUUGAAGAGAAGAGAGGAGGAGAGGAGGAGGAAAGAUGAGGAGGAAAAGAAAAAGAAGGAAGAGGAGGAGAGAGGGGCGUUGGAGAGAGGGACGGAGGGAGAUGGAGUGGGAUUGAGUGCGGUUGAGGGUGGGGAGGAGGGAGGGAGCAGGGGUGGGGAAGGAGAGGGGAGGGGGGAUGAGGAAGAGGACGUUAUAGAGACUGCUGGAGAGGAGGGGAGAGAGGGGAUGAGAGAGGGAGUGAGAGAAGGUGAGGGGAGAGGGGAGGGAUGUGAGGAGGGAAACCAGGUGGAGGAGGUAGUUGCUGUGGAGGUGGAGGUCAAUGGUGGUAACCAGAAUGUGAAUGGGGUGACUCUUGAGUCGACCGAAAAGGCACCUCAAAACCAGGUGGAGGGGGGGGAAGCUGUGGAGGUAGCUGGUGGUGACCACCAUCUGAAUGGGGCUACAGCGAGUUUGGCCUGUGUGACAGGAAACAACGCGGACGUGAUUGCAACACGAUCCGUUCCGAGGGACGCAGUUACAUGUGCUUCUCCUCAAAACGGGAAGACAAGGGACACAGACACACUAGCACCCAGCCCAGUUUCGAAAGAUGCAGCUACUCCCAGCUCCUCUGAAAACGAGACUGCAAGACACGCAGACGUGGUAACAGCAACUUCGCCUCAUGUGAAUGGGCUCACAGGGGGUCCUCGCUGUAUGCCAGGAAGGGGCACGGUUACAGUCACCACAAGCUCUUCUCUUAACGUGGUGGGAAGGGGCCUGGGUAUGGACCAUGCGGUUACUGCAAGCUCAACUCAAGACGGAACGGGAAAAGACAUGGUUACAGCAAGAAGCUGUGCUCGUGAGGGUGGACCAGAGGAGGUUGGGGGUAGCUUAGAGGCAGGGAGGGGUGGAGCAGCGGCACCUGUUGUGGCCAGGGCAGCACCACGGCCGGUGGUGGUGGGUGGCCCUUCGAGGGGAGUUGUUUCUGAGGCGCGUCAACGUGGUGGGACGGGACGAGUGGAGGGACGAGCAGAUGUUGAGAGGAGAUUAGAGGCAGGGAGGGAUGGAGCAGGUGCUGCGGUGGUGGAUGGGGCAGCUGCGGUGGUGAUGGGUGUGGUUUCGAGUGGUGCUGUUCUUGAGGCCCCUCGAGAAUCGUCUCGUGUGGUUGAGAGACAGGGGCCAAUCGUCUCGAUUGGUGCUGUGCGAGAUGGGGUUGGCGGUGGCUCAGAGACAAGGAGGGCUGGGGCAGCGACAGCGGUGGUGCGUGGAGCGAUGAGUGGGAUGGCUGAACCAGUAGGUGAUGUAGCAGGAUUGGCAGGUGGAACAGCCAGGAUGGCAUGUGGGGUGCACGCACCUGCAAAUGGGAUGGCCAAGAAAGCAUGUGGCUUGGCCGAAGCAGCACGCGAUGCAGCAGGGAUGUUAUGUGGGGCGCAGGCACAUCCAGAUGGAGUGGGAGAGAUGGCAGGUAAGGUACAAGCACGUGCACUAGGGGUGGCAGGGAUGGCGUGUGAUGCGCAUGGGCCCGCAGAGGGGAUGGAUGGUGGGAUAGAAGAGAAACCGGUUGUAGAACCCCAUGGGCGUGGGCUUGAGGAGACGAGUGCUAGGGAAGAGAAGGAGCAAGGGGGGAAGGGUCGAGAAUUGCUGGUGGGGAAUGUGUUGGGAGGAGGUGAGGUGAAAGAGGAGGAGCAAGUAUGGGAGGGUUGUGAUCUGCUGCUGGUGGGGAGUGUGGUGGGAGGAGGGGAGGUGGAAGAGGAGGGCUGUGCUAGGGGUAGGGGCAUGAGCGUGGUUUUAGUUAAGAGGAAGAGAGACGAAGAGAUGGGGGGAGAAAGACGGGAAGGUGGAGCAAAAGGAGAGAGGGAAGCGGAAGAAAGUAAGGAACAGGUUGAGAGGGUUUCAGAUUUGGGGAAGGAGAGGAGGAAUGGGAAGGAUGAGAAGGAUGAGAAGGAUGAGAAGGAUGAGAAGGAUGAGAAGGUUGGGAAGGUUGGGAAGGGAGGGGAGGAGGAAAUGGACGGGAAAGAGGGGAAGGGAGGGAAGGAUGGUGUAAGCACGGGCGGUUCUGUGGACAGUGGUGGUUUGGACAGCGCCUCAGGGCAGCGGAAGGGCAAGAAGACUGUUAUGGUGCUCUGCGAUGUGAAUGUGAAGGAGGGGAAGGAUGAUGUUAGCAUGGGUGGUUCUGCUGGCAGUGGUGGUUCGGGGAGCGGCGGAGGGCAACGGAAGGGCAAGAAGACUGUUAUGGUGCUCCGCGAUGUGAAUGUGAAGGAGGGGAAGGAUGAUGUUAGCAUGGGUGGUUCUGCUGGCAGUGGUGGUUCGGGGAGCGGCGGAGGGCAACGGAAGGGCAAGAAGACUGUUAUGGUGCUCCGCGAUGUGAAUGUGAAGGAGGGGAAGGAUGAUGUUAGCAUGGGUGGUUCUGCUGGCAGUGGUGGUUCGGGGAGCGGCGGAGGGCAACGGAAGGGCAAGAAGACUGUUAUGGUGCUCCGCGAUGUGAAUGUGACGGAGGGGAAGGAUGAUGUUAGCAUGGGUGGUUCUGCUGGCAGUGGUGGUUCGGGGAGCGGCGGAGGGCAACGGAAGGGCAAGAAGACUGUUAUGGUGCUCCGCGAUUUGAAUGUCAUCUGCACGAAGGAAGAGGCCGCUCAGAUUCGACUGCAGCUGGAACAGGCUCAGCAGGGGCAGCAGGGGCAGCAGCAGGGGCAGCAGGGGCAGGGGCAGGGGCAGCAGGGGCAGGGGCAGCAGGGGCAGCAGGGGCAGCAGGGGCAGCAGGGGCAGCAGGGGCAGCAGCAGCAAAGAGUGAUUAGAGGUGUGGAGGAGGGAAGCAAAGGAGGAGCAACAGCUUCUAGGGGGGUUGUUGUUUCUCUAGGAGCAAGAGGGAGAGGUUCGAGCGAUUCAGCAGCAGCAUCAUCUGGGAGGGGUGACGUGGUGGAGAGUAGGAGGGCCACACGUGGGACUGUAGAGAGGGAGAAGCGGGGUAGUGUGAGUAGCAGUGUGACACUAAAGGGUGCUGGUGAGGAGGAGGAGGAGGAGGAGGAGGAGGAGAAGGGUGGUGGUACUGCUGGUGGUGGUGGUACUGCUGGUGGUGGUGGUACUGCUGGUGUUGGUGCUGGUGCUGGUGCUGGUGCUGGUGCUGGUGCUGGUGCUGGUGGUGGUGCUGGUGCUGGUGCUGGUGCUGGUGCUGGUGCUGGUGCUGGUGUUGUUGCUGGUGCUGGUUCUGGUGUUGUUGCUGGUGCUGGUGCUGGUGCUGGUGUUGUUGCUGGUGCUGGUGCUGGUGCUGGUGCUGGUGCUGGUGCUGGUGCUGGUGCUGGUGCUGGUGCUGGUGCUGGUGCUGGUGCUGGUGUUGUUGCUGGUGCUGGUGCUGGUGCUGGUGCUGGUGCUGGUGCUGGUGCUGGUGCUGGUGCUGGUGCUGGUGCUGGUGCUGGUGCUGGUGCUGGUGCUGGUGCUGGUGCUGGUGCUGGUGCUGGUGCUGGUGCUGGUGUUGUUGCUUGUGCUGGUGCUGGUGCUGGUGCUGGUGCUGGUGCUGGUGCUGGUGCUGGUGAUGGUGGUUCUAGUUAUGCUGGUGCGGAUGCUGCUGCUGCUGAUACUGCUGGUGGAGCUUUCAGUGUGCCCAUUGCACCUGAACUGUCGUCAUCGAAUGUUACAAGGUGA